GUUUUACUUACAUAUUCUAAAAUAAUUAUGAGAUGAGUUAAUAUUUAAGUAUUUACUAAGUUCCGCCUCUGAGUUGCUGUUCGCCCUUCGUCCUAUCCGCUGCCUCCGCUCAUCGUCGGCGUCUUGCGACCCUCUUUCGGGCCUUCUCGAUCCAGUCUCACCUCCCUCUGUUUGUUUUGUCUUUUGCAUCUCAAAUUGUUCUUUGUCAAGUGGUGAUUGGAAUCAAUUUGCUUCAUACCAAUGGCGAGACAACUCUCAACCAAAAUCCUGAGGGCCACAGCAAGUUCUGUUUCCAAUGCAAAGGUUGGAUUUGGUCCAUUCUCUAUGCAAUAUAUGAAUUACUCAACCAAGCAAAGUGGUGAUUCUGAUGUUGCCACCUCUAUUACAUACCCAUCAAAGAUAACUACCGAUCGCAACACACAUGAAGACUUUCAGCCAACGAACAAAAGUACCGGCUCUUUAUUGGAUAUUGUAGACAAGGAUGUGAAAGAAAACCCAGUCCUGAUCUAUAUGAAAGGUCUUCCAGGUGCACCUCGAUGUGGAUUCAGUGCCCUGGCUGUGAAGGUUCUACGGCAAUACGAUGUUCCUAUUAAGGCAAUAGAUAUUUUGGGAGAUCUUAAGCUCCAAGAAAGUGUGAAGGCUUACACCAAUUGGCCCACAUUUCCUCAAGUAUUUAUAAAACGAGAGUUUGUUGGGGGACCAGACAUGUUGCUCAAUAUGCAUCAGAACGGUGAACUCAAAGAUUUGCUGGUGGGCAUCAAUCCUGAUGGCGCAACCAAGUUAGGCUGAUGGGAGAAUAGAACUGAGUUUUUUGAUAGAGAAUCCUACUCGAGUCCUUAAAAGUUUUUUUUUUUCUAAACUAUUUUCACUAGAGGUUGCAAUUGUCUGGACAUUUCCGCCUGAAGUUGGGAUUGCUGUUUUAUAAAGUUUGUUUUGCAAAAUAUUUUUCUAUGCACA